AGUUGUUGAAUGGCCAUUAUUAUCAUUGCCCCUGCUCGUUUCUGCAGGCAAGAAUUCCACUUAUUUCUCCUCACCCAAGAAUUGCAGGGCCGGCUGCGUCAUCAUGAUCAUGAUCUCACUAUUCUGAUCAUCUUAUUGAUAUUACCCAUCCAAUCUCAAGUAGUACUCUUGGAGAGAAGAUUGUUGAAAGGUGAUUCUCUUCCCCCUGCACUAGCUACGCCUGCAGCCAACAAGAUUUCAGAAAGAAAAUGCAUGCGAGGACCGAGCAUUGGCAGUACGAAUACAAACAGAAACGUCAUUGGAUCCAUGAUUAGCAGUGGGCACAAAGUUGACACUCCAAUCAAGGCUGGACCCAAUUGGGCCAGCAAGAAUGGAUCACAGACUGGGGCUAUCCGGCCAGCUACUUAACUGGCCCAGGCUCAUCAAUUUCACAACUUGUUGUAAAAGAAUAUGGCACUGAGGAUAGUACCCCUUGCACAAGUAGGUUAAUUUAGCAUAAAAUUUAAAAAUAAUCACAAGAUGAAGAUCACGUUAACGAUUAUCUGAGAAAGAUGACUUCCGAUAUUACAAAAAUGAUAAAGAUUGAGGCUUUGUAAAAGGCUCAUACGUACCCAAUCUUACUAGCUGUAUAUAUAAUUGGACCUCGUUUGUCAAUCAUGUUCAUGUCAUUCAUAAUCUGAGUUCAUUUCCACCCUUACAUCA